AUUGCCAUUACCAAAUACUAAUCGCAAAUCGCCAAUCGCCAAUCGUCAAUUGCCAAUCGCCAAUUGCCAAUUGCCUGGUAUUGAACUAGUGAGUAACCCGUUUCCAAAUAAAUCAGUGACGUCAACUGACGUCAUUUAUUUGGUUUUGUCACUUGCUCAUAGAUGGCAGCAAUUCCUGAUCCUCGUUUCUUUAAUUUCUUGCCCUGAUUAGCGCUCAUCCUCCCUGUGUUUGUUUGCGCAAUACCCUGUGUACUGUAAGAAGUCCAUUUAUUGUUAAUCCAUUCCAUGCACCUCCAAACCAGAAUUAAAACAUGAGCAGCAAGAAAGGAAAUGUGAAGAAGACCGGUCCUCCAAAAUACCAGAAUAAAACAGCUUUCAAGAAUAAUCUACACGACACAAGUAUACAGACCAAGCGCAUCAACAGCCUUGAGGUGACUGGGGCAUGCCAGAGGUGUAAAGAGGUCAUUGAAUGGAAGAUUAAAUACAAGAAAUACAAACCUCUGAGUGUGCCAAAGAAAUGUGUACGUUGCAAUGAGAAGGCUAUCAAGAAGGCGUACUGUGUUGUAUGUGAUGCAUGUGCUGCCAAACAUGAAGUCUGCAUAAAAUGUAACAAAGCUGAGAACAUAGUACAAAAGCCUGGUUUGUCACCCGAGGAAGAAGCACGCCAGCAAAGUCUGUUGGAACAAGAAAUCAGGAUGAUGUCUGAACGGAAAAGAAGGACGUUUUUCCGCCUUCAAGAAUCCGGUAAACUCAAAGAUGCAGCUGAAUUAGAGGGAGAUGAUGGAGACGAUGAUUCAGAUGUAGAGGAGAGUGAUAAUGAAAAAGAUAUUGAUACUAUGGACACUAGAGAUGGACAAGGAAGUUGAUGAAACAGUUCAUAGAUUGGAAAAAGUGACAAUUUAUUGAUGGACUCCAUUUUAGUGACAUUGACAAGGACUAUGUACGAGCAGGAUGCCUCUAAACUAAAUGCUAAUAUAAACUGAAGUCUAAAUAUCUGCUUGUCAAAAUGCGAUGCAAAAUAAAAAUGUUUAUAUUAGAGAAA